AUGAUGAUGAGCUUGGAAGGGCUGUCGCUGCAGGGUGUGCUGGGCCAAGGCACUUUCGGAGAGGUGAGGGAGGCCGUGCACCGCGCCACGGGUCGCAAGCUGGCCGUCAAGAUCAUCGAAAAGGCCCGGCUCAAUCGCAAGAGGCGGGACAGGAUCCAGCAGGAGGUCGACCACCUCACCCGCCUGGCCGACCACGACGGCAUCUGCCGGCUCUACCAGGCCGCGCAGGACGAUCGCUGCGUGUACCUCCUCCUGGAGCACAUGAACGGAGGCGACCUGUUCGACUUCGUCCAGCGGCGCGGCGGUCCGCUCGACGAGCGCCGCGAGGUGCGCCCGCUCUUCCGCCAGCUCUGCGAGGCCGUGCGCCACUGCCACGCCCGGGGCGUCGUCCACUCGGACAUUAAGCUGGAGAACCUCAUGCUCACCAUCCCGCCGUCAGCGAUGCCGCAUCACCACCACCACCACGACGCCGCGGGCGACGACGAAGAAGACGACAACGGCCGUUGUGAGAUGGACGACAGCCGAGGAGAGGAGACCGACGACGAAGACGAAGACGAACCCACGACGACGACGAGCACGACGACGCGCCGACGGGAUUCUACGAAGCGGCGGCCAUCGCAGGAGCAGGAAGCAGAAGAAGCAGAAGAAGGAGGAGGAGGAGAACUGUUGCCGGCGGGGGCGCGGGUGAAGCUGAUCGACUUUGGGCUGGCGUGCCGGGUGGAGCGGCCCGGGCAGCUGCUGGCGACGUUCAGCGGGACGGAGCAGUACGCGGCGCCGGAGAUGCUGGAGGGCCGCGCCUACGACGGGUUCAAGACCGAUGCCUACGCGCUGGGCGUGGUGCUCUACUUGCUCCUCACGGGCGCCUACCCGUUCAGCCCGGACGACGUCGAGGCCCAGUUCGACGAGCAGACCUCGCCCGGCUUCCUCGCCUCGCUGCCCUUCCCGCCGCACGUGUCUGCCGACGCGCGCGACCUCGUCUGGUCGCUCCUGCGGCCCGACCCGCGCAAGCGACUCUCCCUCGACGGCGCCCUCCUCCACCCGUUCCUCCACCUCGUGCCCGAGGGCGCACACGCACACACGCAAGCGACGAGCCGAAGCACCACCACCACCACCACAGCCGACGCCGAGAGCGACACAACGGGGGACAGCGAAAGGGAGGAGGAGGAACGCGAAGACGACGACGACGACGACGAUGUGCACCGCGAGGAGCUGCAGGCGGCCGCUGUCCUCGCCUGCCUCGACAGCGACGACAUGAGCCUCGGCUACUGA